GAUCUCAUUACAGAUGGUUGUGGGCCACCAUAUGGGUGCUGGGAAUUGAACUCAGGAUCUGGAAGAACAGCCAGUGCUCUUAACCUCUGAGCCAUCUCUCCAGCCCCUUAAUCCCAAUCUUAAUUACUCAUAUCACACACUACAUAUUAUGCAGUAAUUAUGUAUGUUAGUGUAGGUUACAGAAUGUGGUAAAGAAGGUACAGGGAGUUCAAGCAGUGCAGAGGCUUUCCUGGAGGCAGAGGUGGAGAGCUGAUGCUGAUGGAGAGCUGCAGGAGCCAAACAUAGCAGGGCUGCAGGGUCAGAGUUGAUCCCAGGCCUCAGGGUUGAGUUGAGCUGCAGAGGUGAGGUGUGGAACCAUGGAGUCAAUAGAGGUGAGGUGUGGGCCUAGAACUGGGCAGAUUGGCAGAUGAUAAUGUGAGUGGGCCAUUUCAUCAGUAGGGACUUAUCUGAGCUUAAUACUCAGAGACAGUCCAGAUUUCUUUGCCUGUGGAUCCCUUUAUACACACACUGGGUGGUGAGAUGACAGGUUGGUGGAGGCCAUUGCUCAUAGUGUUAGGGUGCCCAGAUAAAGGUGUAACACCCUUCUUCAGACUGAUGUCUUCGGUAAAAUAUUGGCUUCUCUUUGUCUGGGUAACUCCUCCUGUGAAGUUGCUUUUGCAUGGAAGGAUGCUCUUUUCCUGAUAGAAGAUGAUAAUCUUGGAGAAUGACCAUGGAGAAGGGGAUGAGUUCUGGAGAAGGACUGCCUUCCAGAUCACCUCAGGCAUCUGCUGCUAAAGUAACAGUCAAGGAAUCAGAAACAAGGCAGCCCUGUGAGGAGAAACGAGGGGGCUUUGUGCUGGUGCAUGCAGGUGCAGGUUAUCAUUCGGAAUCCAAAGCCAAGGAAUAUAAACAUGUAUGCAAACGAGCCUGUCAGAAGGCAAUCGAGAAGCUACAGGCUGGUGCUCUUGCGACAGAUGCAGUGACCGCUGCUCUGGUGGAACUUGAGGAUUCUCCUUUUACAAAUGCAGGAAUGGGAUCUAAUCUAAAUCUCUUAGGAGAAAUUGAGUGUGAUGCCAGCAUAAUGGAUGGAAAAUCCUUAAAUUUUGGAGCAGUUGGAGCACUGAGUGGAAUCAAGAAUCCAGUUUCAGUUGCGAACAGACUCUUGUGUGAAGGGCAGAAGGGCAAGCUCUCUGCAGGCAGAAUUCCUCCCUGCUUUUUAGUUGGAGAAGGAGCCUACAGAUGGGCAGUGGAUCAUGGGAUACCCUCUUGCCCUCCUAGCAUCAUGACCACAAGAUUCAGCUUAGCUGCAUUUAAAAGGAACAAGAGGAAACUAGAACUGGCAGAAAAGGUGGAAACAGACUUCAUUCAGCUAAAGAAAAGAAGACAAUCAAGCGCAAAGGAAAACGACUCAGGCACUUUGGACACAGUGGGUGCUGUGGUCGUCGAUCAUGAAGGGAAUGUUGCUGCUGCUGUCUCCAGUGGAGGUUUGGCCUUGAAACAUCCAGGGAGAGUUGGGCAGGCUGCUCUUUAUGGAUGUGGCUGCUGGGCUGAAAAUACUGGAGCUCAUAACCCCUACUCCACAGCUGUGAGUACUUCAGGAUGUGGAGAGCAUCUUGUGCGCACCAUACUGGCUAGAGAAUGUUCACACGCUUUACAAGCUGAAGAUGCUCACCAAGCUCUGUUGGAGACUAUGCAAAACAAGUUUAUCAGUUCACCUUUCCUUGCCAGUGAAGAUGGCGUGCUCGGUGGGGUGAUUGUUCUCCGGUCAUGCAGAUGUUCCUCAGAGUCUGACUCCUCCCAAAAUAAGCAGACACUUCUAGUGGAAUUUCUGUGGAGCCACACUACAGAGAGCAUGUGCGUGGGAUAUAUGUCAGCCCAGGAUGGAAAAGCCAAGACUCACAUUUCAAGACUCCCUCCUGGUGCUGUGGCAGGACAGUCAGUUGCAAUCGAAGGCGGGGUGUGCCGCCUGGAGAGCCCAGUGAACUGACUCUGGGCUGAAUACGAAGUGUCUGAGAGGCAUUUCAGAACCUGAGCUUUGGGCUAUUUAAUUGAAGUUGGGUGUUUUAUCUUGCUUGUUUUGUAAAUCCUAUUGCAACCUCGGGCACUGCUUGGGACACAAGUGCUGCUAUACUUAGUGCUGGUUGACACUCGAGUCUUUGAUGGGUGAGCGGGAGCAUGUGUGGGUGUAUAUCUGUGUGCAGUUUGUGUGCUUGCUUCUCCCUGAUGGGGUAGGAUCUCCUCAAGUGUAACCUAUGACUGAGAAUGAUCAAAUCCUUACAAAAUGUGUGCUUUAACUGUUUACAAGUAAAACCUAAAAUUGUAGAAAACUUUAAUUUCAUAAAAAGGUACCACUAUGGUUGAUACAAUGUGUCUGAACUGAAGAGUGAAUCUGCUUGUUUAAUGACUUGACCUUCAUUGUGGUCCUUUUAAUAACAGUAAUAACAGUAAUCAGUAAUAUGGUGUCAGUUUAAGUGGAUGGUGUGGUAACUUAAACUGUUGUUCUCAUCCCUCAUACAGGGCAUUUUUCCUUGAACAAAGAAUGGUUUCAGUGAAACAGUCUAGUGGAGAAUUAAGGUCAGAACCUUUUAAAGUAAUAGUCUUAUUGAUAAAGUUUGUACUUCUCUCCUGAGCUAUUUGAAGCUUAAGUAUUGCAUAGCUUUGCGCCGUGUGUACUAUAUUAUGAAAGAAUAUGUAAAGAGAGUGUUCAGUAAUGCACAGUCUUAAUUUGUGUAUAAUGGAAUGUUAUUUACAAUGUAACACUGUAAAUAAGAAAGCAAAGUUUAUGGGAAAAUUCAAUAUUAUCUUUGUUUCUCGUUUAAAUAUAUUUUUAAGAUAAAGGUACAAGAAUAAAAAGCAUAUUACUGGGUAUAAUGUGUGA